AUGAAUGUCUAUCAUCGAGUAAUUUCUGAAGAACAAAUCGCUCAAUUUGAAGAUGAAAAUGAUGAAUUAUCUCGUCAAAACGAUUUUUUUAUGACAGAAGAAGGAGAAUCUGUAUUAUUAGGAGAUGAUGAUAAGAGUAAUGAUCAAACCAAUAACAAUAAGAACUAUGACGAUGAUGAUAUUGAAAAUGAUGCAAAAAAUAUUUUGAAUGAUAUGGUCGAUUUAAUUGAGAAUGAAAAAUUACAUAUGAAACCACGUAUAGAAGUAUUUGAAGGACGUUUUAUUGUGGCAAAUGGAAAUGAUGAGGGAGCAGAAUUGUUUUUACCAGAAGAAGAUUUUGAAAAAAAAGCUAUUUAA